GAGCAGACCUGUGUGUGUGAGUGUGUAUGUGUGUGUGUGUGUGUGUGGAGCAGAAUGAGAAACGGAUGCACCCAGGUGUCAUUGACAGUGGAUUCCAUGAAAGAUGGCAAACAAGAGAUGCUCAGAUAACAGGUGUGGCUAGAUACAUAGACAUAGAUGGGACAUUGAGAGAUGCCGUCCAAUAAGAGUGUGUCAGAUGCCCCAAUCACUCAGUUCAUCAACUGCAGAAUCCUCAGAGACCACCGUCUGCAAAGAGAGGACUUGUGGGUUCGAGAGGGGAAAAUUUUGAACCCGGAGAAGCUCUUCUUUGACGAACAAGGUUUUGCAGACCAUAAAGUUGACUGUGGGAAUAAAAUCAUUGCACCCGGAUUCAUAGAUGCUCAGAUAAAUGGUGGAUACGGCAUCGACUUCUCCCAGGCCUCCAGUGACAUCAAUGGGGGCUUGUCUUUGGUGGCCAAAAAGAUUCUGGAACAUGGAGUCACUUCCUUUUGUCCCACCCUCGUGACGUCCCCUCCAGAAAUUUAUCGACAGGUCAUUCCAGAGGUCAGGGUGAAGGAUGGAGGAGCUGAAGGGGCUGGUAUUCUAGGUCUUCAUCUGGAAGGUCCGUUUAUAAAUGAGGAGAAAAGGGGCGCUCACCCUCCUAAGUUCAUCCGGCCAUUUAAAAAAGGGGGUGUGGCCGAUCUCACUGAGGUGUAUGGGACGCUAGAUAAUGUUGUGCUGGUUACGGUGGCACCAGAACUGACCAAUAGCGGGCCAGCAAUCCGUGAGCUGGUGGGAAGGGGCAUUACGGUGUCAUUGGGUCACUCUAUGGCUAAUCUCUCUCAGGCUGAGGAGGCUGUUGUGAACGGAGCUUCAUUCAUCACACACCUGUUCAACGCCAUGCUGCCUUUCCAUCACCGCGACCCAGGCAUUGUGGGGUUGCUGACGAGUGACCGUGUGCCUGCAGGACGCACUGUAUAUUACGGCAUGAUCGCUGACGGAAUACACACACACCCUGCAGCCCUGAGGAUAGCACACAGGUCACAUCCAGCAGGCUUGGUGUUGGUCACAGAUGCUGUUACAGCAAUGGGUUUACCUGCAGGCCGACACACACUUGGACAGCAAGAGAUUCACAUAGAAGGACUCCAUGCAUAUGUUGCAGGAACCACCACUCUGAGUGGCAGCAUUGCAACUAUGGACAUGUGUGUAAGACAUUUCAAACAGGCUUCAGGCUGUAGUGUUGAGGCUGCAUUAGAAGCGGCCUCUCUGCAUCCUGCACAGCUGCUGGGAAUCAGCCACCAGAAGGGAACUUUGGAUUACGGAUCAGACGCAGAUUUUAUCGUACUGGAUGACACGCUGACAGUCAGAGAAACCUACAUUGCUGGUCAGCUGGUCUGGAAGAAAUGACAUCAUCCAGAGAACGCUCUGCAGGUGGAUAAUUACAGAAGCAUUUCUUGUAUGAUGUCAUCUGAACAUUUGUGAAUGCAAAAUGCACACAUGCACACAGACGCACAUUGCCACGAGUGGUGUUGUCUAAUAUGAGUGGAGAAGCUCAGGAUCUGGAUCAAUAGCAUUAAAACAGCAUAAAAAUGUGAAUGUCACAAAUAAAGGGAAUGUUUUGAGGGUUCAUCCAUUUCAAAUCUGCAUUCAUCUCAACUUCCACUGUUUACUAUAUUCUUUUAAUCAAACAUAGUAGUGUUCUUUCUAUAUAUUAUCUGAUCUUUCCUGUUUUAAUGUUUUCAUGAUUCCUUUUUCUUUGUUUUAUUAAUUCAAAAAGGCUUCAGAGCCAGACAGCACUGAGGAUGACCAGAGGCUUCUACUUACUUUACUGAUAUACACUCACAGCUUGCCUUUGUAAACAGGGCAGAAUUGUACUGUUAUCUUCUCAAUAACUGAGCAACAGUAUGUGCUCUGAUCCAGAGGCAUUACAAGUCUAAUAAAAGGAAACACUGCUGCUCA